AUCCAGAGGCAGCAGACCAUCAACUUGGUGGUGGUCCCCUGUAAUGUGGACAUCGCCACCACAGAGGCGCUGAGCAUGGCUCACGAGGUGGACCCCGAUGGAGACAGGACCAUAGGGAUCCUGACCAAACCGGACCUGGUGGACAAGGGCGCCGAAAAAAAUGUGGUGAACGUGGCGCAGAACCUCACGUACCGCCUCAAGAAGGGCUACAUGAUAGUCAAGUGCCGGGGCCAGCAGGAGAUCACCGACAGGCUGAGCCUGGCGGAGGCCACCAAGAAAGAAAUGAUGUUCUUCCAGACGCACCCGUAUUUCAGAGUCCUCCUGGAGGAAGGCAAGGCCACGGUGCCCCGUCUGGCGGAAAGACUCACCACCGAGCUCAUCUGGCACAUCAACAAAUCACUCCCGCUGCUAGAAAAUCAGAUCAGGGAGAGCCACCUGAGCGCUGUGGAGGAGCUGCGCCAGUGCGGGGAGCACAUCCCCAACACCGACGCCGACAAAAUGUUCUUUCUGGUCGAGAAAAUUAAAGUGUUUAAUCGGAACAUUGAAAGGUUAGUAGAUGGAGAAGAAGUCGUGAAGGAAAAAGAGACCCGCUUAUACAACAAACUCAGGGAGGAGUUUAAAAACUGGGUCCUCGUACUUGCAGCCAAUUCCCAAAAAGUUAAAAAUAUUAUCCACGAAGAAGUCUCAAAAUAUGAAAACCAGUACCGGGGCAAAGAGCUUCUUGGGUUUGUCAACUACAAGACGUUCGAGACCAUCGUGCAGCAGUACAUCCAGCAGCUGGUGGAGCCCGCCCUGAGCAUGCUGCAGAAGACUGUGGAAACCGUCCGGCAAACGUUCAUUGACACGGCCAAAACACAUUUUGGCGAAUUUUCCAACCUUAACCAAACAGCCCGGAACAAGAUUGAAGACAUCAAAACAAAGCAAGCAGAGACAGCAAUGAAUAUGAUCCACCUGCAGUUCAGGAUGGAGCAGCUCGUUUACUGUCAAGACCAGAUUUACAGCGAGAUUCUGCAAAGAAUUCGGGAGCAGGCUUUUAACACGGACGGAAGCAUGUCACAGGCUCCUUCCCUGAAACUGUCUGCUUCCAAUAACUCAUCUUCUGUUUCCUCCAUCACUGAGAUCGGGAUGCACCUGAACGCAUACUUCUUGGAGACCAGCAAGCGGCUCGCCAACCAGAUCCCAUUCAUAAUUCAGUAUUUUAUGCUCCAAGAGAACGGCGAUUACUUGCAGAAAGCCAUGAUGCAGAUACUCCAGGAAAAGGAUCAGUAUUCCUGGCUGCUUCAGGAGCAGAACGAGACCGCCCUCAAGAGGAAAUUCCUUAAGGAGAAGAUUUACCGGCUCACCCAGGCGCGGCGCGCUCUCUAUAAAUUCUCCUCUUAAAGGGGGCAGAUAGAUGGGAGGGUAAUAAUACUUGGGAGUUUUAUCUUCUGUGCAUUCAUUGGAAGGGGAUGUGGCGCAGGGAGUGGCUUCUGGUUCGGGGCCCGCCUUUCCCGUUGCUGUGUGUCCAUCUUCGCUGAACUGCCCCAGAGUUUAGAUCUGAAGUCUACACUUGCUUAGAGCUGUCACCUGCACCUGCGUGAACAGAUGUCUCUCCAGUCCCUGGCCCCAUUGCCUCCAGUUACAACUUUCUUAUCUACUGCUGUCACUCCUUGUUCACUUGUCUCUCCCCACCCAUCAGAUUAGGAGACCCCCCCCCCCAGAGGAAAAGUCAGUAUUAUAUUCUUCUUCCGUAUUUCCAGAAUCUUGCAUGGCACCUGGCACAUAGUAGCCGCUCAAUAAAUGCUAUCUCAUUGCACAAAGGAAGGAUGGAGAUCACCUGAGGCCAUGGCUGGAAUCGGACUUUGCUUAUUGGGGAUGAUGUCCCUUAGCUGGUCACUUUCAGAUGAAUUGGGUCAUGCCGCCUGCUGUGAUCACAUUUCCCAGCUCCCCCUGGGAGAGACGGACCUGAAUGAUAGAUACUAUUAUUAAUUAUAUUGUUUCCCUAGUUACAACAAGCUCCCGUUGCUACGUGUUAUUUUUUUACUUUUUUAUUGAAUUUAUUGGGAUUACUUCUGUUACAUGUUAAAUCUUAAAGGGAAAUUUAAUAAUAAAAAAUUUUUAAAGAAAAGUUAUAGAGCUUCACACAGUGGUCAUCUCUAGGUUGGAGGACUGUGGCUAUUUAAUUUCUUCUUCCAGUUAAGCGAUCCCCACCUCAUAGGAAUUUUAGGAGGGUUAAGUGAAACCAUUUCUACAAACUUCCUGUCCCAGGAGCUUGUGCUAAGAAAUGCCAGCAAUUCUUCCCUCCAGCAAAGACCUCCUUUUUUCUUUAUUUCUAUGUUCACAGAGCAGCCCUCACUACUGAAGCUCUUCCGCCUGCUCUUAUGUUUAGUUCUCUGAUACUUUUUGAGCCAAUUGUUGUAGAUAACAGUCCAAUUUCAUUCUUGUGCAUGUGGAUGUUCAGUUUGCCCAGCCCCAGUGGUUGAAAAAAACUGUCCUGGCACCUUGUCAAAAAGAAUCUGACCAUAUGUGCGAAGGCUUAUUUCUGGGCUCUCUGUUCCAUUCCAUCAGUCUAUAUGUCUGUCUGUAUGCCAGCACCACAGCUUUGAUAACUGUAGCUUUGCAGUAUGUUUUGAAAUGAAGGAGUGUGAGCCUUUCAGCUUUGUUCGUCGUUCUCAGCAUUAUUUUGGUUAUUUGUAGUCCCUUAGGGUUCCAUAUGAAUUUUAGGAUGGGUUAUUUUUUAUCUCUGCAGAAAAUGUCAUUGGGAUUUUAUAGGCAUUGCAUUAAAUCCACAGAUCAUUUUGGAUAGUAUUUGCAUUUUAACAAUAUUAAGUCUUCCAUUCCAUAAACACAGGAUGUCUUUCCACUCAUUUAUACCUAUUUUAAUUUCUUGAAGCAAUGUUUUGUAGUUUUCAUUGUACAAGUCUUUCACUUCCUUGGUUAAGUUAGUUCCUACGUUUUUUAUUCCUUUUGAUGGUAUUGUAAAUAUAACUGUUUUCUUAAUUUUCUUUUCUAAUUAUUCAUUAUUAGUCUACAAAAAUUCAACUGAUUUUUAUGUGUCCAAUUUGUACCUUGCCACUUUGUUAAAUUCAUUUAUUAGUUAAAACAGUUUUUUGGUGUUUUUGUGUGUUUGUGUGUGUGUGUGGAAUCUUUAUGGCUUUCUACCUACAAAUUCAUAUCAUCUGAAUGUUAUCUCUUUACCUUGCUUAAAUGCUCAGGCUAGAACUUUCAACACUAUGUGGAAUGAAAGUGCCAAAAGUGGGGAUUCUUGUCUUGUAAAGCUAUUCUGGUUUUAAAGAACUUUUGUCAUAUUGAAGCUAAAGAUGAAGAGAAUUUAAAAGACAAAACAUUAGUUUAGGUAUUCUUUGCUUUUAAAAAAAAUUUGGCUUCUCCCCCUUAUUGUAUGAGUUAGUCAGUACAGAGAGUCAGUGGCAGAGCUGAAGAGAAGAAUCAAAUCUCCUCAGAUUAUAAAUACUGUUGUGAAAACAGUCUGAGAAAAUAAAGUCUGGAGCUUAAUA